AUGUCGUCGGGAAAAGUCAAGACUGCCCAGCUCUGGGGCAAGAACAAGGAGGAGUUGGCCAAGCAGCUCUCUGAGCUCAAGGCUGAACUCGGCCAGCUCCGCAUCCAGAAGGUUGCCUCCUCCGGCUCCAAGCUGAACAAGAUCCACGAUCUGCGAAAGUCCAUCGCUCGUGUCUUGACCGUCACCAACGCCACUCAGCGCAACCAGCUCCGCCUCUUCUACAAGAAGUCCAAGUACCUGCCUCUUGACCUCCGCCCCAAGCAGACCCGUGCCAUCCGCCGCCGAUUAUCACCUGAGGACAAGGCCCGUGUUCUGGAGAAGACCAAGAAGCGCAACACUCACUUCCCCCAGCGCAAGUUCGCCAUCAAGGCCUAA